CACUGUACUCCUUCUGUGACUCACGGAUCUACACCACCAACAUGUUCAAGCUCGCAAUCCUCUCCCUUCUGGUGGCUGCCGCCUCCGCUGGAUACGUCGCCAGCCCCGCCUACGUCGCUCCUGCCGUGAGCUACGCCGCCCCCGCGGUCUACCACGCUCCCGCCCCCGUGGCAUACGCUGCCCCCGCAUACAAGGCAUACGCCGCCCCUGCCGUCUACCACGCCCCUGCUCCAGUAGCAUACGCCGCCCCCGCCUACAAGGCCUACGCUGCCCCCGCUGUCUACCACGCUCCUGCCCCCGUCGCUUACCACGCACCCGCCGCCACCUCUUACUCCAACACCUACAAGGUCUCCAGCGGAGUUAAGGCUUACGCCGCCCCCGCUUACGCUCCUGCCUACGCCGCCCCCGCCUACGCUCCCGCUUACGCUGCCCCCGUCGUCAAGGCCUACGCUGCCCCCGCCUACGCCGCACCAGCUUACGCCGCCCCCGCCUACUACGGAUCUGCCUACUCUUACCACUAAGCGAUGAUUUACCUUUGUAAUUUAUUCCACCCUCUGUAAAUAUGCAUGUAAAUAGUCUAAUAUUUAUAUGCAAUAAAUACAGUUACCACUA